UUCUUUCUGAUUUACGAUUCAAUCCCUCCGAUCGUUGGCCUCCUGUUUCCGUUUUGUUCGACAUCGUUCCGACGACCUUUCACCGGUAAUCGACGCAGUGACUGCAAUUCCUAGCAUCUUGGUUUGUUUGGUAAUGGACAACAAAGGAGCACCUCCUAGCAUCUUUGUGAAUGAUGGGUCAUUCAUGGAAAGAUUCAGACAGCUUCAACAGGAGAAAGAUAAAGACAAGGAUAAGGUUGUUCAAGUUGAGGAUUCUAAGCCGGUGAAGAUAAUAUCAAAUCCCAAACCUUCUGCUAAUAAAAUUUCCAUUGGAUUAAAGACCAAUGAUGCCCAGAAGAAAGGUGGUAAGCUUGCUUUUAGCUUGAAGCAAAAGUCUAAGCUUCUUGCACCUCCUGUGAAGCUUGGUACUGAAGAAGAUGAGGAUGAGGAGGAUGCUAGAAAUGAUCAAGGUUUUGGAUCUGUAAAGCGUCAAAAGUUAGAGCAGAGAGACACGCCUGUAAAGUCAGCAAGAGUAUCUGAUGUUGCACCACCUCCGCCCAGUGAUCCUACUGUGAAGAAAGUUGCUGAUAAACUAGCAAGUUUUGUUGCUAAGCAUGGAAGGCCAUUUGAGCACAUUACACGGCAAAAGAAUCCUGGGGAUACACCAUUUAAAUUUCUUUUUGAUGAGAACUGUGCGGACUACAAGUACUAUGUAUUCAGGCUGUCUGAAGAGGAAAAAUCAAUUUCACAAACCAAGGAUUCUGGUGUACUUCACAGUGGUGAUGCAGGCCCGCGAACGUCCACAGCAGCAAUCACUUUGCAAAAGCCAGCUUAUCAACAAACAGGAUAUCAGAUCCCUGCUUCAGCUCUCUAUGAUGCUCCUGAGGAACCUGGAGCUUCUUCUAGAUCUGCUCAGGCAUCAAUUACAAGACCCAGCAACAGUGACUCCUGUAGUGGGCCGAGAGGUGCAGACCCUAUAUCAAUGAUGGAGUUUUACAUGAAGAAGGCUGCCCAAGAAGAGCAAAAGAGACGUCCUAGGCAGUCAAAAGAUGAAAUGCCUCCACCAGCUUCCCUUCAAGGCCCAUCUGAAACUUCCUCCACAGACCCUGGAAAGAGAGGUCAUCACAUGGGUGAUUAUAUCCCACUUGAGGAGCUAGAUAAAUUCCUUUCAAAGUGCAAUGAUGCAGCUGCACAAAAAGCCACAAAGGAGGCUGCUGAGAAGGCUAAGAUCCAAGCAGAUAAUGUUGGACAUAAACUCUUGUCAAAAAUGGGUUGGAAAGAAGGUGAAGGUAUAGGAAGCUCCAGAAAGGGUAUGGCAGACCCUAUAAUGGCAGGCGAUGUAAAGACAAACAACUUGGGAGUUGGUGCUUCCGCUUCAGGAGAAGUCAAGCCUGAGGAUGAUAUAUACGAGCAGUACAAGAAGCGGAUGAUGCUGGGUUACAAACACAGACCCAAUCCACUGGGAAAUCCCAGGAAGGCGUAUUACUAAGGAUCAGUCAAUGUGCUGCGCACAAUUGUUAUCUUUCGCUCACCUCAGCGCCGGCUGAGCUUUGCUUUUCUAUUAAAAAGAAUGUUCAAGUUUUUAGAUUGCUGAUAAAUUGAAGUGUUAUGGAUUGAAUUUGCGAUUCAGUGUGCAAAUAGAUCUCUUUGACAGACAUAUCAGUUGAAAUACAAUGGAAUUGUUAUU